UUAUAUCAUCAGACUAAACAGCAAGGUCUUUGUGGUUUUGAUCUGUGUGAGUGCACUCAGUGUAUUUCCCUGAAUGUAAAGGGGUAACGUGCCUUGGGAAUUGCUGGAUCUCGUUUCUGAUGCUGGGAAACUCUCUCUUGGUUAAAGGUUUGGAAAUAAAGGGUCAGGUUGCCCAGCUGGAGUGCCCAGAUCCCUUUGGUGGAAUGGGGCUGUUUGCAAGGGGGAGAACGGGGUAAUUUAUUAGAGUUGGCAUGAUCUUCUGGUAAAAAGUGGGAUGAGGGAAGGCACAGGGAUGUGCAGCUUGAAAGAGCCUUGGAAAGGUCAGCUCAGGAGCCUGGAGGGCUGGGAAUGGAUUUGGAUUUAGAUUUGGAUAGGGGAAAAGGAGCUCAAAUAGAUGCUUAUUGGCCCUUUGGUCCAGAGAUGCUUCUUGUUCCUGUAAAAUAAUAACAUCAAAUGAAUAGGGCUUGUUUCCCCCAGUUCUCAGCUCCCAAGUGCAGAGCGGCCCUUAAAGGCAAUGCUUUGGACGGUGAUCCCUUCAGCAUAACAGACAUCUGCCUGGGCUGCUCUGAAAGUUCCCUGCAGAUCACUGGAGAGGACAGGUUUUCAGGAUGAAUCUGGAAAAACUCAGCAAACCAGAACUACUGACACUGUUUAGCAUCCUCGAGGGAGAAUUGGAAGCAAGAGAUCUUGUCAUAGAGGCUUUAAAGGCCCAGCACAGGGACACAUUCAUUGAGGAGCGCUAUGGGAAAUACAACAUCAGUGACCCACUGAUGGCUUUGCAGAGAGACUUUGAGACCCUGAAGGAGGGGAAUCAUGGUGAAAAGCAACCAGUCUGCUCCAAUCCUCUAUCUAUUUUGAAAGUGGUGAUGAAACAUUGCAAGAACAUGCAGGAAAGAAUGUUAUCCCAGCUAGCUGCUGCAGAAAGCAGGCACAGAAAGGUGAUCCUGGACCUGGAGGAGGAGCGGCAGCGGCACGCGCAGGACGCGGCCGAGGGCGACGAUGUCACCUACAUGCUGGAGAAGGAGCGGGAGCGCCUCACCCAGCAGGUGGAGUUUGAAAAAUCACAAGUGAAAAAGUUUGAAAAAGAGCAGAAGAAGCUGUCGAGCCAGUUGGAGGAGGAAAGGGCACGCCACAAGCAACUGUCUUCCAUGCUUGUUGUGGAGUGCAAGAAAGCCACUGCCAAAGCAGCUGAAGAGGGCCAGAAGACAGCAGAACUGAGCUUGAAAUUGGAAAAGGAGAAGAGCAAGGUGAGUAAACUGGAAGAGGAGCUGGCAGCCAAGAGGAAGCGGGGCUUGCAGAUGGAAGCACAAGUAGAAAAGCAGCUCUCCGAGUUUGACAUUGAAAGAGAGCAGCUGAAAGCUAAGCUGAACAGGGAAGAGAACCGUACAAAAGCACUCAAGGAAGAGGUGGAAUGUCUGAAGAGAGCCCUGAAGGAGCUGGAGGCUUCUUGCCAGGAGCAGAGUCCUUGUGGGGCUGUGCAGCCCAGCCCGUCGGUGACAUCCAGGGGGGUCACGACUGAGAGUCCUGCAGUGAAGUCUGUGUCGUGCCAGACCGAGGGGCUGCAGGCAGAGCGAGCCAGCAGCAGCAGCAGUACCACCAGCAGCAGCAGCAGUACCACCAGCAGCAGCACCAGUACCAGCAGCAGCAGCAGAGCUGCUCAGCCCGGGCCUGCCAGCCCCUCUGCACCUGCUCAUUGCCACGCCAAGUCCAACGGGCACUGUGACACGGAGGUGCCGCCGGGGGAGAGCGGCGCUGCCGAGAGCGCGGCUCCCCCCCAGGCCGCCCCCACGGACGUGGCCAGCAGCUGCUCCGGCGGCACCGUCCUGUCCAACGGCAAAGAGCUGGAGAUCCUCCUGCCGAGCAGCAGCUACCGCUUCCCGGGGGUGCCUGGGGAUCCCUGGGAGCGCAGUCUGCCCAGAGCACGACGAGUGUUCCGAGGGCACCGGGCGCAGCAGAGGCGCGGGGGGAGCCCGGCGCUGGCACAGCCGCCUCCCGUCUGCGGGAGCCGCACGGGCAGAGCAGCUGAUGGAUCUUUUGUCACGCAGGAACAGGCAGAAGCAGCAAUUAAUAAACCCGUGGCUAAGCAGAACUGCCGCGCUCGCCGAGCAGCAGCUGCCCAGAUGCUGACGCUGAACACGCUGCAGUUCUUCCUCCUGGGCUGUGUUUGUGCCUUCGCUGCUGUAACUACAGACUUGGAUUAUUUUGGUCGGUUGACAUUAUCUGUUGUGCUUCCCCCAAGCCCUGGGACCGCCGAGCCGCCAGGCGGGAUCAGCUCCGUGCGAGCGGCUGAGGCUCCGUGUGAGCGCGGCGAGGUCAGCGCUCUCCCCACGGGCAAAGGGGCCGAGUCCCGGCUCUGCCGGGCCACGAGCCCCCCGGGACCCCCUGAUGGUGCCACCACUCAGCCUCACGCAGAGGACACCCAAAGUUCGGGGGGCACCACGGGCCAGGGACAGCCCGGUGCAUCCCACAGCACCUCUCUGACGGGAGAGGAGGACGCAGGAGCUACAGGGGAGGAAGGGCACGAGUGCCAGGGCCAGGCAGCACCAGGGGCUGUCCCCCCGCAGCACCCCAGGACGGGAGAUCACCCGUCUGUCAGUGUGGACACUGGCAGUGAUGUGACAAUGCUCAGAAGAAAUGCUCUGGAGGAAGCAGCACCUCACUACCACCCCCAGUAA